AUCUGGGGCCUUGCCUCCACUAGACCAGCCUCCAUUUUCCUACCUGUAAAGUAGGGAAUCAGCUUUGCACCCGGGGGCGGCUGUGAGAAUGAAGUGAGGCCUGGCUAAGAACCCUACAGUCCUGCCCCUUCCAGAACCCGCCUCACAGCUCUGGAUUGGCAGCCCCAUCAGGGGCCAUGACCUCCCGAGGGGGGGGCCGCCUAGAGGAGGUGCUAUUGAGAAGUCACUGUGGGGCCGGGCGCGGUGGCUCACACGCCUGUAAUCCUAAGCUCUUUGGGAGGCCGAGGCGGGCGGAUCACCUGAGGUUAGGAGUUCGAGACCAGCCUGGCCAGCAUGGUGAAACCCUGUCUCUACUAAAAAUACAAAAAUUAGCCAGGCCCACGUGGUGGCAGGCGCCUGGUAAUCCCAGCUACUCGGGAGGCUGAUGCAGGAGAAUUGCUUGAAUCCGGGACACAGAGGUUGCAGUGAGCCAAGAUCUCAUCACUGCACUCCAGCCUGAGUGACAGAGGGAGACUCUGUCUCAAAAAAAAAAAAAAAAAAGAAAGAAAAAGAAAAGUCAUGUGGACUCAGCAGAGAGAGCCGCUUGGCCAGGAGAGAAGGUCCCUGGAGGGCUGAGUCCACCGUACAGUGGGCUGGAGGCUAACUCUCCAGUCCUGGCCCUUUAGCAAUGGGAAGCACCUCAUGCCUGGGUGUCCCCUCACAGUAGCCCCAGCCAGGCUUGAUCCCCAGCACACACGGCUUAGCCUGGCAGACUCCGAGACCACCCCACAAGGGAGAUCCCCCAAACACUGGGGCACUGGUGUUGUAGGCCCGGCACUCUUUCCCCAGGAUGUGGCCGCCCUGCAGUACCGUGCGCCCCACCUCACAGUGGACUGCCUCACACAAGCCCUUCCAGGCCUGCCCCACAGUGCCCUGAUCCUGGACGUGGCCUGUGGCACAGGCCUAGUGGCUGCCGAGCUGCGGGCUCGAGGCUUCCUCCAGCUGCACGGGGUGGAUGGGAGCCCAGGGAUGCUGGAACAGGCCCGGGCCCGCGGCCUCUAUCAGCGCCUCAGCCUCUGCACCCUGGGCCAGGAGCCUCUGCCCAGCCCAGAAGGGACCUUCGAUGCGGUGCUGAUAGUCGGUGCUCUCAGUGAUGGCCAGGUGCCCUGCAAUGCGAUAGCUGAGCUCCUACGUGUCACCAAGCCAGGUGGGCUGGUGUGUCUGACCACCAGGACCAACUCGUCCAACCUUCAAUACAAGGAGGCUCUGGAGGCCACCCUGGACAGGCUAGAGCAGGCUGGGGCGUGGGGGCACCUGGUGGCCUGGCCUGUGGACCACUGGGAGCUGGCUACCUCCGAGCUGGAGGUGGUACCCGGCAUCUCUGCCAAGGAUGGCUUCAUCUCCGGCAUUGUCUACCUGUACCGAAAACGGAAGGUGACCCAGGUUGAGGAAGUGAGAUCCAGCCCCCAGCCCCCAGCUGGCCCCUGACUCCAUGUGGCCUUAGCUGGGCCCAUCUCCUGGGCCUCCUCUGCCUCCCCUGUAAAAUGGGACUUUCGAACCAACCCUGCCCCUCAGAAAUGCCCUGCCUAUUAAAUGAGCUCCCAGAAGGGGCCAAGGGACUCAUGGCUCCACAGUUCUCUAGCCCCAGAAAAGAGUGGCCUCUGUUCCUGUGGGUUCCAGAAUCGAGACGUGGCAGGGUAUGGUGGCUCACACCUAUAAUCCCAACACUUUGGGAGGCCAAGGCAGGAGGAUCACUUGAGACCACGAGUUCACGACCAGCCUGAGCAACAUAGUGAGACUCCCAUCUUAAAGAAAAAUUGUAAAAAUUAGCACUUUGGGAGGCCGAGGCGGGAGGAUCACGAGGUCAGGAGUUUGAGAACAGCCUGGCCAACAUGGCAAAACCCUGUCUAUACUAAAAAUACAAAAAUUAGCUGGGCAUGGUAGCACACGCCUGUAAUCCCAGCUACUUGCGAGGCUGAGGCAGGAGAAUUGCUUGAACCCAGGAGGCGGAGGUUGCAGUGAGCUGAGAUGGCGCCACUGGGUGACAGAGCGAGACUGUCUCAAAAAAAAAAUUUGGAAAAAUCAGCCAGGUGCUGUGGGUGCAUGCCUGUAGUCCCAGCUAUUUGGGAGGCUGAGACAAGAGAAUCACUUGAACCCCCACCGGGAGGCAGAGGUUGCAGUGAGCCUAGAGCACGCCACUGCACUCCAGCCUGGGCAACAGAGCAAGACUCUGUCUCAAAAAAAAAAAAAGAAAAAAAAAGAAGCAAGAUGUGAUGGAGAAGACCCCUUCCUGGGGCCUCCCUGGAUCACUCCUUCCAGGGUGCUGGGUCCACUCACCUCUAACUUACUGACAAGAAAAUGAAGCCUGAGCAAGCUUGGAACAUGCUUUGCACAACAGUGGCAGGGCAGAGACCCACGGCCAAGGCCAAGCCCAAGUGGUUGCUGAGGCCAAAGCGCUGUCCUGGACAGCUCCCCCACCCAAAUUCGGAGUCCAAAAUCCCAAGCUGUAGGUCUGGGCCUGGGCCACGCUUGGUUUGCUCAUCGAUCAAGGGAUCAGAAUGCCGAGCUCUGGGCGUGGCUUGAAGGCUGCCCUCCAGGUGAAAGGCAUUUGGUGACCCUCAGCACCUCAGGGAUGUGAACAGGGCUGAUAAUAAUUUCUCCAUCCAAGACAGUGGGAAGACUUCAUGGGGGAGGAGGCUGGGAGCUGGGCUUUCAGGACAAGCAGGAUCCAGAAGGGUGGAGAAGGGAAAAGGGACAUUCCAGGCUGGAAGCAGGGACCGGCUGUGCAAAGGCUGGGACGGGGGACCUGUAUGGUGACUCAGCAAAGAGGAACAGACCAGCCUGGCUGCCCAAACAAAGCUGGAACAACAGCGGGGUGGGGGUGGCAGGUGGCCCAUACCUCGGAGCAGGGAGCCCACAUGGGGACAUCCCUCCUGGGGUCCCCAACCCUUCACUGGGGUCCUGGGCAUACACUGUUUCCUGUAUAUGGUUUUACCCUCCAACCCACAUACAAUGGACAAGGUGAUACCUUGGGGGCCCAUUUAAUUUCUUUUUUAAGGUGAUACCUUGGAGGCCCUUUUCGAUUUUUUUUUUUUCGUUAAGAGAUAAGGUCUCGCCCCGUCACCCAGGCUGGAGUGCAGUGGUGCGAUCAAAGCUCAUUGCAGCCUCAAACUCCUGGGCUCAAGCAAUUCGCCUACCUCGACCUCCCCAAGUACAGGGAUUACAGGCAUGAGCCACCACGCCCAGCUAAUUUUUUUAACUUUUUGUAGAGAUGGCACCACUAUGUUCCCCAGGCUGGUCUCAAAGUCCUGCCUCAAGCGAUCCUCCCACCUCGACCUUUUUAAAGUGCUGGGAUUACAGGCUCUCACUACCGCACCCGGCCGAGCUCCAAUUUUUCACAAUUCCCUGGAUCUCGUUUUUUUUUUGUUUUUUUUUUUAAAUGUUUAUGUCCCGGCCAAAACACAGUGGUCCUGCCCCUCACUGACCCCCCCGCCCAGGCCUCCUGCCCUGCCCCACCCACCU